ACAGUAGUGUUUUUUUCAUUACAAGAUCCUUAAUCCUUCUUCUCGACCUCUCUCCGUUGUCAGAAUCAAACGAGUCCAAAAAAAACCACCACCAUCUCCAAACGCUGCAACAAGGGACAGUGAAAGCAAGUGUUUUUGUAAGCCGCUUUCACACAACGCGAAAGAGAAAAGUGCUUUGCUUUCUGCUUUUUGCGUUUUGCUUGCUGAAUUUCAGUGAUACUAGUCACUCCUUCCACUUCUCUCUAGCUUAGCCUUUACGGACACUGGCUCCUCCGAAAUCCUAGUGCUGAAAAUAUUUUUGCAAUUCACCCAAUAAAUGAAGAAUUGAGUUGGUGGCGUGUGAAUCCCAAGUUCAUGUGAGCAUGGAUAAAGUAUCACCAGACUGUCCAUACCCAGGAUGUUUUUUCUGUGUCAUGAAGGAAGGAAAUCCAAGUAAGCGAAGAGCAAGUAUACUGAAAUUUUUCAGGGAACUACCUUCACAAGAUGAUGAUGGCCAGGUUCUUCCAAUCAGUGGCCUUUGGAACACUGCCAUGGCACAUCCCAAUGAUCCUGAGUUCAUCGAAUUGGGAAUAUUUGAAUGCAUGGCAGCACUUAUAUGGAAGGGCUUAAAGAAUCGUCGGUGGCUUUCUCAUGAUCAAAACAUAUACAUUCCUUAUUAUGCUGCUCAUAUUAUUGGAUCCUACACCAUGAAUAUGGAAGAAUUUGCAGAAAGUGCUGUCCAUGCAGGUGUUAUUCCUCCCUUGGUUGAGCUUUUAAGGGGGAGGCUGACAUGGGUCGAACAAAGGGUGGCAGUACGAGCUCUAGGUCACUUGGCUACAUAUGCCAGCACUUUUCCUACUGUGGCAAGUCAUGGCGAAAUCCUUGAGCUUUCUAUUCAACUUGCAAUGAGUUCACUAGAAAUAGUUUACUCACAUUUCUACCAAUAUGUUGAUAGACGACUAAGUUAUCACUGUGAUUUGCUAACUCGUGGCAUGGGAGGCGUUGAAAUGGAGUCUAGGAAAGCAGAGGAAUGGGCCAGUCAGUUGCAAUGCUGGUCACUUCAGCUUAUUAAUUGCUUUGCUUUCAAGCCUGAGUUUCUUCCGACCAUAUGCAAGCCUGAAUUCUUAGUGAAAUUGCCUGGCAUGUGGGGUGGACUCGUUAAUGAAAAUUCACCUGCUGGUAUUGGCUUGUUAAGAACAAUUUGUCAUCAUAAGCUUGGUAGGGGACCUGUUGCUAGCUGUCCUGGUAUCAUUGAGGCAUUGUGCAACAUCGCUCGAUCAUCUGAUGAUUGGCAAUAUAUGGCUAUAGAUUGUCUUCUUUGGUUGCUUCAAGAUCCAAAUACUUGUCAUAAGGUGAUUGAUAAGGCAGUACCUGCACUUAUAGACCUCGCGGAGAUAACAGCUCUAGGUGAUCAUAAAAAACUUGGGGAUUCCAUUAUUAAUGUUCUUCAGGAUUGUAUCCAAUCUCAAGGGACAGGGCGUAACUCUAUUAGUAACCGCACAAAAGAACUGAUUGAAGAACUGUUAAGUUCAAAACAAAGAUUGAAAUGGGAAAAGAAUAUGCCAAAAGAAGAUCUACAUAUUAAGCAGGCAGCGGCAUUAGUGGUCAAGCUUGAAGGAAAUUCUCUGUUCUCAUCGGGAAAUAUAUCUGGAGCUGCAUCAAAGUAUUCUGAAGCAUUGUCACUGUGUCCAGUGAGAUCCAAGAAAGAGAGAGUUGUUCUAUACAGUAACAGAGCUCAAUGUCAUCUUCUGUUACAACAACCCAUGGCUGCUAUAAGUGAUGCUACACGUGCACUUUGUCUUCACAACCCUCUUAAUCGUCAUGCAAAAAGCCUAUGGAGAAGAGCUCAGGCUUAUGAUAUGCUUGGAUUAGCUAAAGAGAGUUUGCUUGAUGCCAUUUUGUUCAUUAAUGAAUGUUCUCAAUCAAAUGAUCCUGAUCUAUGUCUGAGGCAAAAUAAAGUUCCUGAUUAUGCUGAGCGCCUUGUCAAGAAGCAGAUGCGUGCGGCAUGGUUAUUUAGAGAGGCAGCUAUCAAACAUGGAGGUGUCCACUGUGAGGGUGAUGCUGGUGAUGUUUAUCGCCAAGAUAGUGAUGAUUCAGAAUGGGAAACAGCUAGUGAAAGUGAUAUAGGAAAUGAUGGAAGAGACGAAAUGGGUGACGAUGACGAUGAUAGUGAAUGGAAGAAUGAGGAUGAGAGGAAAGAUAAAUAUGAUAAGCCAUCAUUGAAAGACAUAAAGCAUGGGUUCAAUGUUCAGCUUGCGGAAGAUGAAUCUUGAAUGUGGAUGGAUGACAGAAAAGACGGCACGAAUGAAAAAUGUUUUCACCCUUUAUAGUCAUAUUUGACUUUGAAACAACUGCUACAUCUUGCUCAGUUUCAUGGUAAAAGAGUUCAAUAGGAAUAUGUAAUUGGUCAUUUGUGUUUAGAAGAUAAUAACUUUUUUGUAAUUUUUCUCAUUUCUUUAAUUUUUGUUCUCAAUUCUUGUUUAUUUCAACUGUAGAAAAUGGAAGAGAAGGUUUUUGAGUGUAGAGAACAAUGGUAGCCUAGAGGAUGUGAAGCUGUGUUUUUGAGUGACUUGAAGAACUUUUGUAUAUAGAAAACCCUUUUGGAUAUUUGAAUUAUUAAUACUUGGAUGAUUACAAUAGUUGGAAA